AGAUCUACGCAGGCAAAAUGUAGAUAACUGUAACUGAAACAGGUCUUUACGUCUGUGGGUACAUUCCUAUAUGUUUCAAAAUGUACGGGUCAAUUUAUCAAUUUACAAGAAACUCAAAGAAUGGACCUUAGCUGCAGUGAUAAGCUAUAUUCACGAAUUUUAAAAAGAUGAAAAUGAAUCUAAAGUCCUACGAUUGUUAUUUCACAAAAAGAUUUAAAAAAUUUGAAAUUUUCGUCAAAAUUUUACAAAGAUUCCCGCUGAGAAAUCCUUAAAUGCUGGUUUAGAAUAACGUCUAUGCCAGUUUCGCUCGGUCAGUCUGUGACUACUUCUCCCUCUGCAAAAUCUGCAUCAAUUCUUAACCAGCAACAUCCCGGAAUAGCAACGGACUUCAUCACUAUGGCAACCGCUGCAUCCGGAGAACUGAACGGUUUCCACCAUCUGCAUCAUCACCACCAUCCAUCGGAGCAAUAUUACAGACACGAGCACUAUCACCAUCACUUCCACCACCCCAACUUUGACGGUUACCCCAACUACAACGAUAGAGAUACCCCUAUCGCUGGAGAAAUGCAGAAAAACAACCUGCAUAAUUUCGCAUCGAAAUCAAUGGGCUUGGAAGGUGAAAAAUUGGAUGAAAAUUGCAACAAGUCUCCUAACUAUCUUCCGCCUAUCGGAGACGCUCUUCUCCGUCGUGACAAUCGUUCCGAUGCCUCGAAGAACAAUGCAAAGGAAGAAGAUGAUAGCGGGUGCUCAAAAUUCGUGAUGCAAGAGACCGACAACUCUCUCACAGAGCUCCAGAAGUCCUCCGCGGUCAGCGAGCACGAGAAAAAAGAAGAAGUCCAAUUGAAAACUAACGAUGCGCCGGAAGAUUUUUCAGUGAAGACUGAGCAAUCAGAGUUGUAUCAAUUCCACGCGAGGAACUUCUCAAUCUUUACUCCAUCAUCCCAAAGAGGUACUCCGGAUGAAGGAAUGAAUCUUAUCCCCGUUGAGACCACGGACCACACAUCAAUAGAUUCUUACUUCAGAUCCGAUGCAACCAAUGCCAACCCUAACAGCAACCCAAUAGACAGCGUCCCUUCUAGCGUCGACGGGCCAAGUUACGCUACUCUCACACCCCUACAACCUCUGCCAUCCAUAUCAUCAGUUUCCGACAAAUACAUGCCCACCAAUGAAACCAGCUACGCAACUCUUACCAACCAAGAGCUUACCGAUUGCAGCAGCUACUCAAAAAUGGGCGGAAUGGGGCACAGUUUACCUCCGCUUUCAAACAGAAUGAUCUUGAACGGUCUUGCAGCUCAAACUCGUGGAGGAAUGCAAUCUCAAGCUGCUAUAGAUGCGGUUAACCAAGCGGCAGCUGCAGCAGUUGGGCUUUCACAUUACAACAAACCAGUGUUGUCAUCUAAUAUAAUACCACCACCACCUCCGGUUUCAAACCCCUACGAUCCCCAUGUUUUCGGGAGGAUUGAUCAAUGCAAUGAUAUGGGUGCUGGCUUUCCUGGCGGGCAUAUGUUUCCGCAUAGAAGUACUGGGUUUGUAUCACAAUAUGGGCUCCAAGACCUAUCUUCAUCACUCCAAGUCAGCGCGCCUUCUGAGCGAAGAAGACCGACUCACGAAGAUAUUCCCGCCGACAAUGGAAAGCGCCAUUCCGGCAGCGAUCGCCUCGGAGGGUCGGGCCUCCAACCGCAUUCAUCUAACUCCGCUAGCUCUUCCCGCACUCAACAGAUCGAAGAAGUCAACACGAAAGAGGUUGCUUCGAAAAUCACCCAAGAACUUAAACGUUAUAGCAUCCCGCAAGCAAUUUUUGCACAAAGGGUGCUUUGUAGAAGCCAAGGCACACUUUCGGAUCUUCUACGCAAUCCUAAACCGUGGUCAAAACUGAAGAGUGGACGCGAGACCUUCCGAAGGAUGUGGAAAUGGCUUCAGGAACCAGAAUUUCAACGUAUGUCAUCUCUAAGGCUUGCCGGAAGAGAAGAGGCAAGCGGCAAAAUAGCUUGCAAACGAAAAGAGGACGAAAAAUCUUACGAGAACUCGGUCAAUUCUCCGAAGAAACCUCGCUUAGUUUUCACAGAUCUGCAGCGUAGAACUUUACACGCUAUUUUCAAAGAAAGCAAACGCCCUUCUAAAGAAAUGCAGAUACAAAUCUCUCAACAGUUGGGUUUAGAAGUCACAACUGUGAGCAAUUUCUUUAUGAACGCUCGAAGAAGAAGUUUAGAUAAAUGGCAGGACGACGAAUCAGGGUAUAACAGCAAGGAAAACUCACGUUCUAACAACCCAUCAAGCGAUCACCAUCUAAGUGCGUCGCCUAACCACCAACAACAGCAGCAGCAACAACAACAACAACAGCAACAACAGCAGCAACAAGCGUAUCAACAGCAUACACAAGACAGUCGUUUAAGUUAUGCGCCAGGAGAGUCUCUUCUUUCCCCGCUCUGUGGCUCCCCUAGCGGCCAUUUGCACUUCCCACCCCCUCACCAUUUGCACCACCAUAACUUGCACCAGCAGCAGCAAAACACAAUGUUAUCAGCGUCACACCUAACCUCGUCCGGUCUAGUACACCCGUACCAGUCACAGCACCAGCUUCUAGGCUCUGACGUCACGGGGUUGGUGAAUCCCCGUUAGUAGGAAUGACUAAUCUAACCCUUGAUGAGCUUUUAGAAGAACUAACGACAAAAUGAACGAAUGCAAAACAAAUUUCUGAUUUUAAAGACUUAGUUCUCAAAACUAGCCCAGUACUGCACACUUGCCACUGUGAUCUUGGGCCACAGUUUGUCAGCUGAAAUGUCAUCCAUUUUCGUGCCCGUAUUUACCGCCCUGUUAAUUCCACCAAAGAUUGAAUAUGUAUGAUCUCUGUGUCGUGCCGUAUUUGUUGUUCCGUGCUGUUCUUGUUAUUUAUUUCCCACUUAUUUCUUCAAACUGUAUUUUCUCGCCUCAGUCAAGUUCCUAUGCUGAUCUAAACAACUAUAGUGACGCACAAAAGGACCAAUAUUUUGUAACAAAUCUUAUUGUAACGUCACCGAGCUAUUUAUGACUGACAAUCGACGAUAAACGCAGCUACCUCAAAAUAGAAUUCAGCUGCCUCUGCCCUUUAUAAAAAGAACGACUUUACAGAGCGCAAAAAACAUCGGAGGCAAUUAUGAAUUAGAGAAAUUAUAGCAUUAACUUUUAACAGUGCAAUUUCUACAAUCACUGCUAAACACUGUCUGGUAUAAAACACUCUUCUGUAUAUAACAUUGUGCUUUUGGACCUUAGGUGUUCUAUUUAUGUACUUACUUAAUAUACUGUGAUAUCACAUCAAAUGUAGCAACUACAAUUGCACCAAAGACAUCAAAAAACAUAUAGGACCAUUACAACUGCAAUUCAAAUACACCUUGUACAAGUCACUUAUUCGCAGCGAAAUUUUUCGUGGUUUUGUCAAUAAAUUACCAGGAAAA